AUGAGCUUUCUGUUGCCCAAGCUGACCAGCAAAAAAGAAGUAGACCAGGCAAUAAAAGGAACUGCAGAGAAGGUGUUGGUUCUCAGGUUUGGGAGAGAUGAGGAUCCCGUCUGUCUGCAACUAGAUGAUAUUCUUUCCAAGACCUCAUCUGACUUGAGUAAAAUGGCUACUAUAUACCUGGUAGAUGUGGACCACACUCCAGUGUACACUCAGUAUUUUGACAUCAGUUAUAUUCCAUCUACUGUAUUUUUCUUCAAUGGCCAGCACAUGAAAGUGGAUUAUGGGUCCCCGGAUCACACUAAGUUUGUGGGAAGUUUCAAAACCAAACAAGACUUCAUAGAUUUGAUUGAAGUUAUUUAUCGAGGCGCAAUGAGGGGAAAACUUAUUGUCCAAAGCCCUAUUGAUCCUAAAAAUAUUCCCAAAUACGACCUCCUCUAUCAAGACAUUUAG